AUGCCAUUGCCUAGUGGACCUACGCGCUUCCUGCCGUUCAGCCAAUUGUUCGAAGCUGGUUAUAUGACAACCCGGUACCAGGAUUACUUCCACGCCAGCUACGUGUCGGUGGAACUGGUGAAGGGCGACGGCAUAUUUUUCAAUCCGUCCAUUUUUCACGCCGCCGGUGAAAACACAACGAACCACUUCUAUCGAAACGCUCACCUUAUUCAAAUCAACAGCAACUUCGGUAAGCCUUCCGAGUUCGUUAACAGCUGCUGGGAUCUAUUGGUAGAAGAGUACCGGAAGAACGGAUACAACGCCCAAGUGUAG